AUGGAAUCAAAUGCCGGCCAUGCACCACGCGCAAGGUCAAAUGCAGCUUCCAGGAAGAGGUCAAGGAUCCACGGCAUAAUCCCUACUUGCGCCUCAGGUCACCUGGUUCUUCUACAACCAGUUUUGGUCGUGCACCUGCGCGGAGAUGUACAACCGGCGCUGACGGGAAUACCGACCGGUGGCCCGAAUACAUCCGUGACAGAUGAAGAAAUACCGAAGCAACUUGAUUCGCUGAGAUCACGGAUUGCUGAUCUGGAACGGCGGCUUAUCACGGCACAGAGAGACGACGCUGAGUUCAUGAAUACCCCGCGAUCCCAAUCAAGAGCAUCCUUCAUGCAUUCUUUUGAGCCGGCGUUAUCUCACCCAAACUACCGAUCAUCACCUAUUACCUCCUUAGGAUCAAUCUCCAACUCCGACAGUCGUAGCCUAUGCAGUCCCCGGGGCCCUAUCAAUACCGAUGGUCCAUUGAAAGCAUUAAACAGCUUCCAAACAGAUGACCCAGUCGAGUUUGAAAUACACGAUCCCAUCGCCCGGUCGAUAUUGGCAGAAGGGGAGACAUAUGUUAUAUUCAAACUGUAUUUCACAAACUGUCAUCCGAACGCGCCUUUCCUGGAUGUGGACCUUGAUACAGACAUUGACCGGGUCCGCUCAAGUAGCAUUUUACUGUUCCUCGCUAUUCUCAGUGUCGGGGCCCGUUUCUGGGGUGCUUCAUCAAAAAAAGCUUGCUGGCUUCACCCUCGAUACCCCGACCUAGUGCACCUACUCGAUGCAGAGAUUAUGCGAGUCACACUCCGCCCUAGAAAUGACGACCAAAAGCUCGAAACAGUCCAAGCACUCAUGUUGUGUGCACACUGGAUGCCAUUCGACGUUGCUGCCAACGGCGAACGGUUCCGAUCCCGUUUUUCCGAAGGGGGUGCGUGGCAAUGCCUAGGUCUAGCGAUCCGCUGGGCAACAUCCCUAGUACUGGAACGAAGUUGCCAUAUAAGUUUCCAGAGUCCUGAAACAGUGACACGAGAAGAUGUACAGCGAUUCCGAACAAUGCUUUAUCUCGUGGAAAGCGAUCAUUACCUGGCCCUAUCCGCUCGACGCCCAUCCUACCUCAAUCCCGAAGUACUUCACGAUGUUCUCCCGAAUUUUCUCAAAUGCAAAUACGUGCAAAACACAGACAUCCGCCUCACCUCAUUAUUUCGUGUCGCCUACGGCGCCCAUUUUACCGGCUGCCGACCAACAUCUAUAGAGAGUGUCGAAGCAUUCGACAAAGACGUGCAGCUAAUUGAGCGCCAUUUCAUUUCAAGCGUGAGUGAUCAAUUGACGGACCAAUUUACCCAGCAUUUCCCAUUUACCUCGCUGCACUGGUACCGACUUUCAUAUGCGUGUGCGUUUCUGGACGUAACGGAUCCGACGCAGCGGACUGGCAAAGCGUUAACAUGGGCAAUUGGGUGGUCUAGCGAGAUCCUAAUCCACUUAUCCAGACCAAGCUCCAAGGAGGUUAACAGUGGUUCUGGCUGGGCUCAGCUGGAGCCAGAUCCGAGCGUGGUUGAUAUUUUGUCCUUCGCGAUUGACCAUUAUUUUGUUGUUAUUGCUUAUGCCGCGUUCUUCCUUGUGAAUAGUUGGCUGAGUAACUUGACGGACAUUAACCUUCGCCCUCAAGUGCAUCACCUAAAUGAGACAGCGUGCGAGGAAACUUCCGGUUCAUUGCUCUUUCGUUUAGUAGAUGUUGCUGCCCGCACACUUGAAGCGGCUAGUCCACCAGAGGGACAUCUAGCGCGUCGCUAUGUCCCGCUUCUGCGCGGGAUGUCAGGGUUGGUACUAUCUGGCAAUGUGCAAGGCCAGAAGACAAGCAGUGGCACGAGUGCGGUAAUGACGGAGACAAACGAGCCAUCUUCAGAGCACUUGCAAAGUCAGCUGGGAGAGGAUUUAUGGGAAAUGUGGCAACAGGCGGGUCUAGAGCCAAUGAUAUGGCCGAGCUUGUUGGAUGAUAUGUACGAGGGAUGA